CAGGUCAUUGGCCCAAGAAGAGGGGAGGGGCCUCAGUGAAGGAGAGGGAAAGGACAGUGCUGUUGUUCCUAGCUUUUCUCAUCGCAAUGGCUCUGCCCCUGAAGUCCUUCAGUCGGGGCUUGGCGAGCGCAGCCAAGGGAGACCACGGAGGGGUGGGAGCCCGCACCUGGCGCCUCCUGACCUUCGUGCUGGCGCUCCCGAGCGUGGCCCUCUGCACCCUCAACUCCUGGCUCCACGCGGGCCACCACAAGCGCCCCGAGUUCAUCCCCUACCACCACCUCCGCAUCCGCACCAAGCCCUACUCCUGGGGAGACGGCAACCACACUCUUUUCCACAAUCCCCGCGUUAACCCUCUGCCCACGGGCUAUGAACAGCAUUGAGGCCCGGGCGGACGCCCCCCAGGCUCAAUAAAGUUGUGGAAGCUG